AUGGCUCCUCAGUUUGUGAAGCUGGGGAAACCACCAAGGCUCAAUACAUCCAAAAUGACAGAGGAUCAGAAUGUCAGCCCUGGUCACAUGGCUGUAGAUAAACCCUCAGAUAAGUUUUUAGGAUUUUUGCAAAAGCACUAUGGUCUUAGGAAUCAAGUACCGCAGAUCAACAAUUUUGUUGUCUUCGACUCAUUCUUUAGUGAUAGGCCAAUUGCACCUGAUGAGGCAGCAAUGACCUUUGUAAACCGAAGUCCCCGAACUGUGUCUCCAGAAAGGAAUCAAUCUCCUACUGCCUCACGUCGUUCUUCUUCUUCUGGUUACUCACAUUCAGCAGGGAGACCAUCAAAUCCAGCUCGUCAGGCCAACAGCAUGGUUGAUAUAUUGCAUGGUCGCCCAGAUCGCCACACUCCAUCUGUUAGGCUGUCUCCACGCUUCCAGCCAACCCUAGAAUGGAUGCGAGGGACAAAUACUGGAGGUGAUUCUCCUUAUUCUCGCACUCCCACCUCAUAUUCGGCCUCUCGCACCCCUUCUAACACGGGGUCCCCCCUGCGUACCCCUUGGGGAAAUUCGCCACCUCGUUCUCAUCCUCACACUCCUCCUACCACUUCACAGCCCAUGAGCCGCAAGGACAGCACAGACGUCAUGGACGGUCAAAGAAGUUUGGAAGGGUCGAUAGCUCCCACUCCUGCAACAUCUCCGGAUCAUGGGUCACCGGCCAAAGAUCGUUUGUUAGAUACCAAUGAUGUUAUAAAUCAACAACCUCAUGUUGAUGAAGAUGAUGGCCUUGUUGAGAAUGUUGAGAAGAUGUCUCUUGCUGAUGGUCUGCAACAGUCACCAGAAAAACCAAGCCAACUGUGUGGAUUGGUAAAUUUAUGUAAGACAAACCAUUGGCGUGAUAGUGUAUCUCGUUCAACUGUGGCUCUGGCAGAGAGCAUGUCAUCUCCUACUGGUUCCACCAUGACAGGUGUGCUCCGUGAGGAUGAUUCUGUUCAUGGACACUUGAAAUUCCAUCACCAUGCAUUGUGGUAAGCAGGAUUCCUUGGUUUCAUUUAUUAUAAACCAGGGAAAGGCUGUGUUGUGCUAGGAUCAGGUAAAGCAUUUGAACUGACUAGAGUCAGGUUGGGCUAACUAAAAUAGAUGCCAAGGAUAAAAAAAUACCAAAAGGAUUUGCUAUUAUUCAUCUUACCCCCUCCUUCCUUCAGAAUCUCUGAUUAUUCUGUGUACUAUGGGAAGAGUUUACAUUCCUAUGUGGUAAUUGUGCUUUUAACACCAGGUUUAAUUAUUUAUAUUUAUGUUGUUACUGAAUGGGUAGCUUUUUGAUGAUGAUCUUCAGAGGUAGUUUUCUAAUUUGACACUGGUCUUAAAGGGAAUGUGUGUAGGCUCAUUGGUGAGUUACUUGAGAAUGAUUUUAAUCUAUUUUACUGUAGUCAAAGGGAAUUCAUUUACUAGUGAUUCAUGCUGAAUAAACUUGAAAUUUGUAUGCCUUAUUUUUAUUUUGAUGUAAUAUUGAAGGUACUGUUAUCGAAAUUAAUUGGUUGUGUCGUGAAGAAAGCACUUCUCAUUUCAAUUGAUUUUGUUUUACCUCUUGAAAUUUGGCAGCCUUAGAAUAAGACAGUUGUUGGGCUCAUUAUUUGACAGUUCUGUUAUUACUUUCUGCCCAGAUACAAUGUGCUCAAGGUUGUGAUUCCUUAGUGCUCUACAUACUAGAUGAUCAGUUUUAUAAGGAUUUUAGUAAUGUCUGUUGUAUUUUUUUUAACUUUACUUAGCUCAUCACCCAUGUUUUGUUAGCUGUUUUAUCUGAGUUUGGGCCAACAGAGGCUGUUUACUACUACAUUAUUACUGAAUACUACUUCAUAGGAGUGUUGAGAAGUUGCAUACUAUUAACAUUUUUCAAUUAUUACAUUUUGUGCUUAGAAUUGUGGAAUAUAAUUUAUAGGUACCUUAGCAUCCUCAGUAUUAUAUUUACAUGUUGUCACAAAACCAAACUGUUGCUUUAAUGUCAUUCACCAAAUUGUCACAAGUCAUUGAUAUUUUGAUUUUGAUGUUUGUGUGAUAUACUGAUUUAGGACCUGUAAUACUUAGGAAUUAUAAUAUUUAUGUCAAGUCUCUAAAAUCCUAAUAUACCUGUAUAUAUCAGGUUGUUUGAAGAGCAUACAUUUUAUGAUAUUAAGUUUUCAGGGAUAUUUUUGAAAAGAAUCAGACUAUGAGAAAAUGGAGGUAGUACAGUUUAUUUAUACUUACAGACUCAGUAUGUAUAUUUACUCAAGCUGAGUGACUUUUUUUUUUUUUUAUGAUUUAGUUUGUAGUUUAAGGUAUUGGAUCUAGAUAGGAUAUUUGGAUUUCUGAGACCUGUGAAUCUCAAGGAUGUUAACCAAAGAACAUACAUAUGGGAUUUAACAUUAGGCCAUUAUAAAUGGCGUCAUUGCCAUAGUUGGAAGAUUUGCCUUUAGUGUGUCAUCAGGCGUAUUCACCUUUCACAAUGAGUUUAACUCUUGACAGGUGGUCUUUGAUCAACACAGUAUAGUAGGCUGUAUGGUGUUUGCCAUCCGAAAUAGGUAUAUAAUGCUAACUCCACUUGAACAUUUUGCUUAAUGGGCACAUUUGGAAGACUUGAUUUUUUUAUUUUGAUGUUUUCUAGUCCAAGUUGGCUUUUGCCAGGGCUGUUUCUUGCACUGAAUGAGGAUUACAUUUAAAACCCAGAUUAUCAUCAGGGGCUUUGAAAUCAGCUCUCAUAGGAAGGGUGUUUUAUUUUGGAAGUAAAAUAUGUAUAAUUUAGAUUACAUAUUGUAAUAUUAACUAAAAUUAAAAUUCAGCCUUUUAUGUAUGAAUUUAUAUUUAACUUACACAGAAAGAUAUUGUGACUUCUGAAUUCGCAACAUUUUUUUCUAUGGAGAAGUCUUUUUCACUAUGUAGUAGUAAAGGAGAAAUGUUCCUUAAGAUAUUUACAGUUCUUUUAUUUGAUAAUUCUUUUAUUUCAAGUAUGUAUACAAGUACUUCACUAGUGCAGUAUUGGUUGUAGGUAAGAAACCAAAUGCAGAUUGGAAGAAAAUGGUUUUGCAGUCUUCAGGUCUUGUGGCUAGGACAGCUGUCUUUUCAGGGAGCUUGAAAGCGUUCUGGAUGAAUCACAGCUUUCCAUCAAAGCCUGUGCAUGUAAUCCCAUGUCAAAUGGGAUCUAGACUCUUUCUCAACAAAUAGAAUGUUCUUGAAUUCUGUCCAGUGAAACUGCCACAUGUUCUUUCAAAUUCUGUAGCUUAGGCUUCGUGUACUAAAUGCAAGGUAUUUGCUGUACUAUUAAAGGAAGAGCAAUGGACAAGAUUUUAGUUAGGUUGGCUUGAUGCUUGCCUUGUUUUACACUUGAGGGUAGUAUGUUUUUUAACAUAAUUGAAGAACUUAUAGGGGAAAUCCCCUGUUGUGAUACUGUACUACUUUUAAUUUGGAGCUAUUGUUUAUUAGUUCCAGGAUACAAAUGUUUGUGAUAGCUAGAUAUCCUAACAGAAUGGCCAAAGCACACUAUACUACUUCCUCCACCUGUGUGAAAAAGGAGCUGCUGUGACUUUUUCAUGAAUUUGGUCACAUUAUAUUUUCAUUUAGCAAAGGUAGAAUUUAGAUUUAAAAGUAAGCUAGGCUGAUUGUUUCAAUAUACAUAGGUUAUAUAGACAAAGUAUACAAUAUGGUAAAGUUUAUGAGGGUAGAGAAUGCUCUUACACUGCAAUGAAUUGCCUUAACUUUGCACUUUUAUUACAAUUAGUACAAUGUAGUUCAGCAUCUCUGUAUGAUAUUUAGACUUCCAAUUAAGCCUUAAUGUUAAAAAGUACUUAGUAAAUUUAGCAUGAAAUACCAAAGAUAGGGAUGCAUUUUUAAAAGUUGAUUAUCGUAAGUUUAGUCUUUUCAAGUAUGGUAAAUUUAUAAUCAGGCUCCCAGUUUCGUUAUUAUGGUUGCUGUUGUUACUAUUAGUAUGCAUUGCACUGACAUCUUUUGUUUAGUUUGUAAGUCACAUCUUGUGGAACCUCCAAAACUAUUUGAUAUAACGGCCUUUUUUAAGGGGUCUUGAACCUGCAAUUGCCAUUUGCUGUAUUUAGUAUUGCUUUCAAUGAUGCAGACACUUUUUUUUUUUUUUUUUUUUUUUUUUUAACCUGAGAAAGUCGUGUGAGGAGUAAAAUAGUUCAUCUAAAUCUGUAGUUGACAAUAACAGUAAUAUUCUUUUAUUAUACUUUGUAUAAUGUUAUGGUUUCUAUGUAUCUUAAUCCUUUGCUAUUAAUUGAUUGACCAUGGGAAAUUUAGAAUAUCCUUUUGAUUUUAUUUACAAGAUAGUGAAGAUUUAGAAAAGAGGUUCUAUGCAACAGACUCCAAUUGAAUACUUUGUCAUGUUUUUAAAGGCAGAGCAUUUUAUCAUUAUGAAAUUGCUUGAAUUGUGUCAGUUAUGAAUCAGUUUGAGGUGGAUACAGUUAAGGUGUGCCACUUACAAACUGUAUUCCAUAGUGUUGUAUAACCCAUUCAUAAGGAUUGCUGCUAGACUUAAGUACUGAUGACUGAUAAUCAGGGAAAAAUAUUUUUAAGAAAAUUGCAAGUAAUCACUUUAAAUAAAAAAAAAACUUGUAUUAACCUUGAGGUGGAAGCUGUUAUUUUGAUACUACUCCAAAUGGGUGAACAGAAAUACACAAAAUGCAGAGAAAUAUUCAAAUUUUGUCUUAAGUUUUCAACUUUGGAAACAAAUUGGAUUGAUGGAUACAAAGUAUGAAAAUAUCCAUAUAAUCAUAAAUGGCCUAAAAUGAUAAGAUUGACAACCUCCCUGAAGUUAUGUGAUUGUAGUUUCAGAGUAACCUCUUAAUAAAUGCUGUUGCUGCAUUUUGUUUUAGUACAGUGUGCAGCAAAACUCGUGUGACUUGAUUUCAGUGAUUUUUGUUCGAAAAGUGACUAACUGGCAACUCUUACCUUCUUCACAUUUCUAAUGAUGCUAAAUUGUAAGAGCGAAACAUUUUGCAACUUCGCUAAAAAAAAUACCACUAAGCAUGGUUUUAAAGUAUAAUGCUAUAUUUUUUAUCAAAUUAUCAGCUAGAUCAUUAUAAAAACAUCAACACCUUAAUUUUCAAUUGCAGCAAAUAUGAAAAGAUGUAAAUACUUAAUAAAUUUGACUUUUUAGCCACCAUGGUAAUGUAUCUAAUGUAAUGAACGUGUCGGAGAUGUAGUUGUGGGCGUGAGAUGUCAAUAGAAGUCAUCUGUUAAACAUGGUUGUAGCUACCCGACAGCCACCGGAAACGUGGCCCCCCCCACAAACUUGGAGAACUAUAGUUGAGCUGCAUCUCGUCAGUUAAAAAAGAAAAGGAAAAAAAAAGACAUAGCCAAUCGUCUUAACAUCAGGAAGACAACUGGAUAUAGUUGGCUAAAACAAUACAAUAAAGGGGAAGGAUUGAAAAGCCAUCCUAGAUCUGGGAGACCCCGCUGCACAACUGCAGAAGAUUAAGUAUUAACUUAUUCAUAACCGGCGAGCAUCCAAUUUCAUCAUCAUUUUCAGUGGAACGGGCAGAUUUCAGUGGAACGAGAAGAAACCUGUAUACAAAUAUCAGUUGACACUGUAAGACGUCUGUUUCGAUAAGCUGGUCUUCUUUGUAGAAAACCUGCAGUCCAGCCUCUACUUAGACUCAUAAGGACCGUUGUCCAAGUUUUGAGCUCGAAUAUCUGUGCAAGAGCAAACAGUUUUGGGAAAAUGUUAUAUUUUUUUAUGAGAAGACAUUUUGCAACGACCAACAGGGAAGACUGCACUGUGGCAUCCAUUAAAAACCAUAUCUUGAGAUUUACUUAGGAUUUCAUUAUUCCCAACUGGUGAAAGGUGCAUAUGUCCUGCCAGUUGUUUAAAUGACUUAGUUUGCCUCCCAUCGCCUUACCCGUAGACCAGUUUCACUUAGCCCUUCUUGAUUAUAUUAUUCAUAUUAACCGUAUAGGCCUAUGAAGAAAAUAAUGAUGGAAGUGUACCACACCAAGACUGGAUGAAUUUCACAAAUCCUGCUUUAUGGUCUGGUUGACACCUUUUAUAAGUUACAAAGAUUUGAGGCAACUUGUUGCUAUCUGCAGUAUAGCCAAUAGCAUAGGGCUAGACUCCAGUGCCAUAUUAUUAUUAUUAUUAUUAUUAUUAUUAUUAUUAUUAUUAUUAUUAUUAUUAUUAUUAUUAUUAUUAUUAUUAUUAUUAUUAUUAUUAUUAUUAUUAUUAUUAUUUAUAAUACGUUGCUGCUGUCAUUCUGCAGAAUCUGCACUCAACAGUUUUAGCUGAUAAUAUCUGGCCUGGUUAUAUUCUUCCAUUCCUAAAGUAAAAGUAAAAUAAUAAAAAUUAAUUCUGUUUCUAAUAGCAAAGAUUACUCUCCACCUCGCUUAUUUAUUCAUUUAUUUAUUUACUUAUUUUUCUUCAAAUUGAGAAAACCCCUUGGGAGACUAGACCUAUAUAGCCUAAGAUAUGACUUUUAAUAAUUUAUUGCAAGUAUCGACAUAAUGAUCCUGACUAACAUUUGCUUUAUAGAGAAAACUAAAAAAAGCAAAGAGAUAAUAACUUUGAAAUCACAUCCCAAAUGCAUCAAUUUUUAUCAUUAGACUAUGCUCUGUUUAACUUUUCCUUUUUUCACUCCAUCACAACAUCUUUCACUGUGUCCAGAAUGCCACUUCCAAGACUCACGGGAGUCAUAGUGAGUAGAGGGAUUCUUGCUACAGUAAUAUAUUUAGUUUUCAUUCAGAAAUAUUACUGAAGCAUGAAAUAUUUUUUUUUCACGUUCCAAUAUAUUGCAGUGAUAUGAUUCUGCAUAACAAGUGACCAACUUUUCCUCACACAUACACAUAUACAAAAUAUGAGAUUUAAUACCAAGUGGCAACUUGAGAACAACGCUUGUCCAGUACAAAAAUAAAAGUUUCACGAAUUUUGCUGCAUACUGUACAUAAAUAAUAUUGUUAUAGAUGUAGAUUGUUUACACAAAGCAACAUUCAUAUAUACAUGCAUUAUAUGUAAAGAAUAUAGGAUAUGUAUCUUACAUGAAGUCUACUUGAAUUGAAUAGUAAAUUUGGCUAUAAUUUUCACUGCACAGUAUAUUCAGUGCAUACACUGAAUAGCAAUAAACAUUUAUAUAACACAUAAUUGAAGUUAUUCGAGUUUUCCUUAAAGAUCUUAUUGUAUUUUUAGAAAAAUACUGAAUGCUUUAGAUUCAUUUAAAUGGCCUCCUGUGCCUUUUUGCCUUCAGUUGUAUUUUGCUUAUCAUUUACAGGUAAAAAAAGGUAAGAGAGAAAUUCACAUCAUAUUGCUUUCGUGUUUCAUGUUUUUUCUUGGUAAUUGGUUCUGUUGUUUGUAAGACUGCAUUGUCAGACAGGAGGAUUUUCUGUACACUUGAGACAAAAAUGAACUUCUACAUCAUGUCAGGUCACAGAGGUAUGUAGUGCGGGGUUGUAAGUCAUGAAGAGUGUCCGAGAUAUAGUUUUUAUUGUUACAUUAUGGUUUGUUGGAUUAAUGAGUCCAUAUCUCAAGAGUUGUUUCUGCCUGCUUCUCAUAGAGAGAUGAUAAUUAUGAUUAAAAUCCAAGAGAGGCCAUUAUUUUAGAGCAUUAUGCUGGUACAUCAUCCUACCUGAAUGGACCUUUUGUACUCUGGGAUACUCUGGGAAUUACAAUUAUCUAUGUGUUAAAAAUUAGCUUUGUGAUUUGGUUCAAGCAUUUGCCGGUAAUAGUACAGUAAUAGUAAUUUAUAUAAGUUUUUACUCCUAGAUCUACAGGUUUUCGUAUGUGAGAAAGGAGAUUGGAACAUAGGUCGUGUAUCAGGCAUAUCAUAACACAGCCAGAAGAUCAUAGUAGUUCUAGUCUUGGUUUAAUUAAAAUGACAACAAAUUCUAGACUUUCUCUUUACAUGUAAUAUUCACUCAGAUCUGGUGAUAAGUGAAUUUUUCUUUAUACCUGUUUUAGCUUUCAGCUUACGGAGUUAGGACUCAUACUACUUUUUGGUAAAGAGCAGCGCCUUUUUUUUUACCAUUUUCAUUUUCAUCUGAUUUCCAAGGUUUGUAAGCAUUAUGAAUGAAUAUAAAAAAAAAAGAAGUCAUAUAUGUAAUAAGUUGUUAAAUGAUGCAUUGGCAACCAAUACUUUUUCUUCAAGUGAUAAAAAUAUGUUUUAGCAGAGUUCUUGAGCCAUUAAGAAAAGUCGCAGAAAGGCAGCUAUGUGAAGUACUGUAUUAUUUAAGUUUAUUUUUGUAAAAGAUUGUGUAAUUUCUUUAUUGUAUCUGUAUUUGUUGAGUGGUUCAAUCACACAAGAUGAAGUGAAGCCUGGUAUCAUGUUGGUGUUUGCUGAAGAGUUUUUUUUUAAUAACUACAGUAUGCUGUAUUCAAGAAUGUUUUAUGGAAUUUUAUGAAGUUACAGUGGCCCCCCUGUAUUAGCGUUCUCUGUAUUUGUGGACUCAUGCAUCUGAGAAUUUCUCUUGGGAACAUAUCCCCCUAUUAUUUGCAAGAAAUUCGCUCACUCGCAGUAUUUUUCUAUGAGAAAUAUCCACAAAUUCCUGUUGUUGUUUAUCAAUUUCAUCAUAAAAUGCACUUUUUGUGAUAAAACUAUUAAAAAAAAAAGGUAUAAACAUUUUUAGUUUUUUUUUUUUUAGCUUUAACUAACAAAAUAGGCCGUUUUUAGUGUUUAUUUAGGGAUUCCAACUAUUUGCUGGUUCUAACUAUUCACGGACGGAGGGUGUCUGGUACGCAUCCCCCUUGAAUAUGGGUGGACCACUGUGCUCUUAAUUGUAUAUAUCAGAUUAUUGUUUUAUAUUUAUUAGUUUGAAUUGUAUUAAAAUGAUUGGUUAUAUUGUAUAUAAUUUUAGUAGUCUGUAUUGGAAUCGAAGAUCUUUUGUCCUCCCUCUUUUGGUGCAAUAAUUUCCAGAUAAUAAAGGGAUACAAUAUACGUAUGUGGCUGGAUGGAGUGGUGCUUGAAAACUUGAGAAUAUCACAAAAUGGCAUUUUAGAGGCCUGGGUAGGAAACAGUGCUGUUUAUAUUUAAACUACUUUGACACCUAUGAAAUUGUAAUUGUUUAAGAAUCUCUUAUGGAAUUUUUUAGAAUAUAGGUUAUUUAUUAACUUUGUGCAUGUGGAGAUCUUGAAGAUAUUUUCUUGGUAAAUAUUUAUUUAUACACUAUUUAAUGCAUCUCUUAUUGUUGAGUCUUUUCAUUUAUUUCAGAAUUACCAAAGCCAUUUUUUGACAAGUGUGUUGCAUUUUUUUUCCAAUAAAUAUCUAAGAUAUUUUUAAGACUCAACAUUUUACUGAUGAUAAGCAUACAGAGCAUUUGAAGGCUUUGGUUUUAUUUACCACAUUUAAGAGCAACUGUGCACAGUGGAUUUGGAUAGAUGCAGGUACGUAACAGCUUACACUACUAAUAUAGUGAAGCAGUUUGAAAAUAAUGGUUCUAUUACAUUUGCAAAAGACCUUGAUGCCAGUUGUUACGGGUUCUAAUAUACAGUAUGAUGAUUCCGUUUUGAGGCAGAAAUGAACUAAUGAACUCUGGUAAAAUGAUGUAAAGUCAUAUUGAGUCACAUCCAUAGUAUAUUAUGAAUAUUAAAUUAUCCAGUUUUUCCUUAAGAUUGACUAUCUCUGUAUUUCCUUAACCCUUUUUAACCUUGCUUCAGCCAGCAAUUUUUUUUAAGUCAAUCCAGUAACUUUAGAUGAUUUGCAAUAAAUAUAGCUGCUAAGGUGGAAUAUGUAUUUAGCAAACGAUUAUAGAACCAUGUAAAAGGCUGUAGGUGGAGUAAAACUACAUAAACCUUUCUCGAAUAAGCACAAUUAUUGUGUAAAAAAGCUCCAUGCUCUCUCUUUAAGAUCCUUUACAUAGUAGAGUAAAGGGUAAAGGUCUUUGAAUAAAUACUAAUGUGUCCAGAUCUUGUUUAUAUUUGCUGAUAUGUAUUGGAGGAUGAAUUUUAGACAAGAUUUUCUCAAAGAACAACUCCUUCAGCCAUGAGAAUUGUUUAUUAUGACUGCAAAAGGCCAGAGUUUACUUUUUUUAUGGUUUUGCUCUAUUUUGUCAAGUAGUGUAUUUGAAAAUAGACUGCCUCAGUACUUUGAUAUGUAUCAAGCAAGUUAAUCAUGAUAAAAUCGCUGAUAAGUUUGAGAGAUUUAUAAGGGAUGGGAUUUGAAAUUGAGUUUGUGUUAUGAUAAGCAUUUCCCUCAAUUUAGAAUAUGACAGAAGCAGGUGUAGUAUUAUUAUUGAGCGAUGUUAUUCUGAUGAAUAAAACAUAUUAUUGCCAUUGUUUCUUCAGUUACUAGCUAGUUAUUUAUUUGCAUAAGUGGGAGUUACUUUGCAUUAAAUAAUUUAAUAUCAUGAACUCAGCCUAUCUAACUUUUGCUGUCAUAUCAUUCAUCUGAUUUCUCUGCAAAGCAUUAGUAAAGAGGAAUAUGUAAUGCAAGUUUUUGGAAGUCUUUAAUUAUGUGUAGCUAAUUUUAUAUAGAUAAUAUGGAGCUUACCAUCUCUUCAUCAUUAGUACGAGUCUUGUAUAAUUGCCAUUGGUAAUUCAGUCUAUUUACUGUAUUUAUGUUGUGAAUUUUCUCAUCUUAUAAAUGUUUUAUUUUUUUAUUUGUUUAUGUUAGAUUUAUGGGAAUUAUACUUGUUGUGAGUGUAUAGUUUUAUUUUUCAAAUCAGGUCUGUUCAUGGGAUUUAUCAGAUAUUUUCUAAAAUUAUCAUGUAUAUGACAGAUAUGGUUUUUUAAGGAAAUGUAUUGUCUGUUGUAUACAGAUCCCUUUAAAGGAAAGCACAAAACGAGAGCACAAAAUUUUAAUUUCAUUUCAUAAUGAGUUACUUUCUUUAUGGACCUAAGAUUUUCUUGGAAGGCUUAGAAAUGGAAUAUGUACAUUAAAAGUUUUUUUUAAGCCCUUAAAAACUAUUUUCCUAAAAAUUCUCAUGUACAGCAAUUAAAUUUACAUUCCACAAAUUAUAUAAAGCUACUGCAAAUGUUGAAAUAUGUUGGACCCCUGCCCAUGUAGCCAUUAAUGGUAAUGAGGAUGCUGUUACAGUAACCAAAGCUGCAAGUACUAGGAUCAGAUCUACAUAACCAUCCUAGUCAGUCAUCAUGUAACAUCUUUAAAACUCAUCAAUUUGAAUAAAUGGAAAACUUUAUGAAAUAGUGAAUCUGAUGAAUUUCAGUGGAACAAAUGCAUGGUUGUAGUACAUUAUUCAAACCAAAAAGAACACCACACUGAAGUAACUUUCAUCUUUUCUUCAAAUUGGUCUCACUUGUUAGGCCCAUUGAUACAUACUUGAUGAACAGUCCACAUGGCAGUUGCUGUGGAUAGAGAGUGCAUGUCAGAAAUUAGCUUUACAUAAUUUUUGUGAAUGUCAAGUUUCAGAGAAAAAUCAAUUAAGAAAAUGUGAAUUCAUAAUUUUUACUUUUUAUUUCAUUACUGAAUUUUUAAUUUUACAUUUUAUUUAACAUACUGCAUAUUUUAAUUAAAAACAGACACUUUUGUCAGGCUAUGAAAGUUAAUCAUGUUACCUCAGUGGUCUGGAUAAAUUACUUGAUGAAAAUAUAAAUUAUUAAUAUCUACAGAACUGCUAGUUACUAGAUGAAAUGUAAGUUGUAUAUUAAACCCAUCAGGCCAACCCCAUUAGAGGUAAGUAUUUCAACUGACAUGGUUUGUGAAACCACUAAAUAAUAAAGCAGAUGAAGAUUAGCACUAAUGGAAUACAGAAGUUGUACCCUUUAACAGAUCAUUAUUUUCAUGGCAGGUUGUAAUCCAUCAUCUAUGUUGCCAAUAUCCAAAAAUCAUAUAAACAAAUUAAAACAAGGAAUGGUGCUGUGACUCCUCUUGGCAAACUGAUUAGUGACAUUUUCAUAACUGCACAUGUUAUGAUCCAAGAAUGAUCAUAAAAUAAUCAAUAACAUUGUCAUUGUAUGAACUGGUUGUCAGUCUUUCUCAGCUUCUGAUUGCUAGCAUGCCCAUGUUAUAGUUCAUUUUAAAGGUAUCCCAUUGGAAUGAAGUCAUUUGCAGUUUGGUAAACCAGGACCAUCUAAACUGUUCUUUGCAGCAUCAAUAACAUUGAUUCUUUUGAAUCAAUGUUUAUGUCUCAUAUAUUUUGAGAAUUACUGCCACUGCUGUAACGAGAGUGACGGAAACCACCCUUGUUUUCCACACUGCACACACAUCAGUUUGAUAAGGAGUUUAUUCGUAUUAAAUAUAAAUUGGAGAUUUAUCAUAUACUAGUGUUUCUCCAAGAUAUUUCUUUUUCGUUCAAAGAAAUUUUGAUGUUAGGUGUUCAGAUUGAAAAGAUUUUGUCUAUUUUUGCAGUUUAAAAUAAACUUAUUUAUAGAAAUUGACCGUACCCCUUAGUUGUGUACUACUACUACUGGAUAAGUCAUUUUGAAUUUUGCCUGUUUCAGGUGCCUGUUCAUUUUAUGCUCUAUGGAAUAGUUUGUUUAACUCAAAAGGGCUCAUGCCCAAAAAUUCUCUCUCUCUCUGUCUCUUUUGAACUCACUCUCUCUCUCUCUUUUGAAUUCUGUAACAUGAGUUGAAUCACAGUUGAUUAGCUAUUAGACUUCACUCAGUCGAUUAGUUAUUAGACUCCUUACUACGAAAAGGAUAAAAUAGUUUUACUUUUAAGACUUCAAAUUAACUUGGUUUUUAGUAAUUCUGAAUAUCUUUAGUAGUAGGGCUACAAAAUGACCAUCCUUUGUAAUGUUAACAUACUUUUAAGAGAAAUUCAUGUUUAUGACUUUUGGUUUCAUUUAAAUACUCUGUAAUAUGCUAUUGCAAUUAUUAAAUGUUAAUGUCAAUUG